CCCUCCCAGCCGCGCUCUCGCCUUCGGAUCCCUCUGUGAUGAUACUGUUUGCAGUGAUGCUUGGAGGGCAGGCACCUGCUGCUCUGUAAUGAUUCAGCCCCUUUCAGCCGUCGCGUUAACACAACAGGAUGCUGUUGCUACUGUCACUGCUGCCUCUCCUGCCGCAGCCGCUGCUGCCGCCGCCGCCGCCGCCGCUGGUCCUGCUUUUGCUUUUACUUCUCCUGCAUGACAGUUGUUUUCUCCAUCUGAGCAGACCCCAGCUUCAGAUGCUCGAGGUGAGAAACAUGCCAUUCAGUUUGGGCUACUGGUUUACUUAAUUGACCAACCACCAGCUUGGUUUCUCUUUUUGGCCUCUGUCCUCUUUGACCAGCUGGGAUGGUUUGGAGAAGCAUUUAAAAGAACUGCAAAAGUGGCCCAGAAACAGCAGUAAAGAAUUACAGUAUACUUUUAUUUGGUAGUUGCUAGAGGCUUUUUUCUCCCUUCUUUGCUCCUGAACUCUUGCUUUUGAUAAUGGCCUUGGACUUGGACGACUUAUCGAUUUCCCCCUGUAAGAUGCUGUAUCAUUUGGUUGGGGGGGGCUCUGCAUGGUAAUGGACGGUGAGGGAGGCCAGGCCUUCUGGAGGUGAGCCGAUGGAGGUCUAUUCCCCAGCCAUGUCCGAGGUAGCUGCUGAGAGGUCCUCCAGCCCCUCCACUCAGCUGAGUGCAGACCCAUCUCUUGAUGGGCUUCCGGCAGCAGAAGACAUGCCAGAGACCCAGACUGAAGAUGGGAGAACCCGGGGACUCGUGGGCCUGGCUGUUCCCUGCUGUAUCUGCCUGGAAGCUGAGCGCCUGAGAGGUUGUCUCAACUCUGAGAAAAUCUGCAUUGUCCCCAUUCUGGCUUGCCUAGUCAGCCUCUGCCUCUGCAUCGCCGGCCUCAAGUGGGUCUUUGUGGACAAGAUAUUCGAGUAUGACUCUCCUACUCACCUUGACCCUGGGGGGUUAGGCCAGGACCCUAUUAUUUCUCUGGAUCCAACUGCUGCCUCAGCUGUGUGGGUCUCAUCUGAGGCAUACACUUCACCUGUCUCGAGGGCUCAGUCUGAAACUGAGGUUCAAGUUACAGUGCAAGUUGACAAUACCAUUGUCUCCUCUGAGCCUUCAGCGGUACCAACCCCGAAGAAUCGUAUUUUCGCUUUUUCUUUCCCGCCGGCUACUGCACCACCCUUUCCUUCACCCACCCGGAACCCUGCGGUGAGAACACCCAAGUCAGCAACUCAGCCACAAGCAACAGAAACUAAUCUCCAAACUGCUCCUAAACUUUCCACAUCAACAUCUACAACUGGGACAAGCCAUCUUGUCAAGUGUGCAGAGAAGGAGAAAACUUUCUGUGUGAACGGAGGCGAGUGCUUCAUGGUGAAAGACCUUUCAAACCCCUCAAGAUACUUGUGCAAGUGCCCAAAUGAGUUUACUGGUGAUCGCUGCCAAAACUACGUAAUGGCCAGCUUCUACAAGCAUCUUGGGAUUGAAUUUAUGGAAGCGGAGGAGCUCUACCAGAAGCGAGUGCUGACCAUCACUGGCAUCUGCAUCGCCCUGCUCGUGGUUGGCAUCAUGUGUGUGGUGGCCUACUGCAAAACCAAGAAGCAGCGAAAAAAGCUUCACGACCGACUUCGGCAGAGUCUUCGGUCUGAACGAAACAACAUGGUGAACAUAGCCAACGGACCUCACCACCCUAAUCCACCCCCUGAGAACGUCCAGCUGGUGAAUCAAUACGUGUCUAAAAAUGUCAUCUCUAGUGAGCAUAUCGUCGAGAGAGAGGCAGAGACAUCUUUUUCCACCAGUCACUACACUUCAACAGCUCAUCACUCCACGACCGUCACCCAGACUCCCAGUCACAGCUGGAGCAAUGGACACACGGAAAGCAUCCUUUCAGAAAGCCACUCUGUAAUCAUGAUGUCAUCAAUAGAAAAUAGUAGGCACAGCAGCCCCACUGGGGGCCCAAGAGGACGUCUUAAUGGCUUGGGAGGCCCUCGAGAAUGUAACAGCUUCCUCAGGCAUGCCAGAGAAACCCCUGACUCCUACCGAGACUCUCCUCAUAGUGAAAGGUAUGUGUCAGCCAUGACCACCCCGGCUCGUAUGUCACCUGUAGAUUUCCACACGCCAAGCUCCCCCAAAUCGCCCCCUUCGGAAAUGUCUCCACCCAUGUCGAGCACGACGGUGUCCAUGCCCUCCAUGGCCAUCAGCCCCUUUGUGGAAGAAGAGAGACCCCUGCUUCUCGUGACACCGCCACGCCUGCGGGAGAAAUAUGACCACCACUCUCAGCAGUUCAGCUCCGCCCAUUGCAACCCCGCGCAUGAGAGCAACAGCCUGCCUCCCAGCCCCUUAAGGAUAGUGGAGGAUGAGGAAUAUGAAACCACCCAGGAGUAUGAACCGGCUCAGGAGCCUGAUAAGAAACUCACCAACAGCCGGCGGGCCAAAAGAACCAAGCCCAAUGGCCACAUUGCCAACAGGUCCGAAAUGGACAGCAACACAAGCGCUGAGAGCAGUAACUCAGAGAGCGAGACGGAAGAUGAGCGAGUCGGGGAAGAUACACCCUUCCUGGGCAUACAGAACCCCCUGGCAGCCAGCCUUGAGGUGGCACCUGCCUUCCGGCUGGCUGACAGCAGGACUAACCCAGCAGGUCGCUUCUCUCCACAGGAAGAAUUGCAAGCCCGGCUGUCCAGUGUAAUCGCUAACCAAGACCCUAUUGCUGUAUAAAACCUAAAUCCACCCAUAGAUUCACCUGUAAAACUUUAUUUUAUAUAAUAAAGUAUUCCACCUUAAAUUAAACAAUUUAUUUUAUUUUAGCAGUUCUGCAAAUAGAAAACAGGAAAAAAAACUUUUAUAAAUUAAAUAUAUGUAUGUA